AUGUCACCAAGCAUUCAGGACUCUGGCUCUUUUUCAGACAGCACUGCAGACCACCAGUACCAUCCAUCCAAGGCAGCAAGUGAGAGGAUCGAGUUUGCCUUGUCAGAGCUAAGCUGGCCACCUUACUGUACAGACAGGGAAGAGGAGCCCCCAAGGUCUCUGGGAGCAGAAAUGCUGAUCUUAUCCCAGAAAACACUGACCACUGCCUGCACGCUGGUCAUGUGUAGCCCCCUGGAGAAUGGCCUGCCUGAUGGUGAUGCACAAGAAGGGAGAGAAGGCCCCCAAGUGUGCAAAGGUUCUAACCCUCUCUCUCCUACAGAAAUCACUGCUCUGAGGCAGCAGGUGGAGACCUUACAGGGACAGCUACAACGCCUCCAGAAUGCCUUCUCUCAGUAUAAGAAAGUGGAGCUCUUCCCUGAUGGUCAGGAUGUCGGGGAGAAGAUCUUCAAGACGGGAGGCUUUGAGAAAACUGUUCAGGAUGCACAGCAGGUAUGCACACAGGCCGGGGGACAGUUGGCCUCCCCACGCUCUGCAGCUGAGAACGAGGCCGUGAGACAGCUGGUCACAGCCCACAGCAAGGCUGCUUUCCUGGGCAUGACCGACAUCCAGAAGGAGGGCACGUUCACCUACGCCACCGAGGAGCCCCUGGUCUAUUCCAACUGGUCCCCCGGGGAACCCAACAACCAAGGCGGUGUAGAGAACUGUGUGGAGAUCCUUCCCAGUGGCAAGUGGAACGACAAGGCCUGUGGAGAACAGCGCCUCGUGAUCUGCGAGUUCUGA